GAGCUGGAGGCGAUGAGCAGAUACACGAGCCCGGUGAACCCGGCCGUGUUCCCGCACCUCACCGUGGUGCUGCUGGCCAUCGGCAUGUUCUUCACCGCCUGGUUCUUCGUCUACGAGGUGACAUCCACCAAGUACACCCGGGACAUCUACAAGGAGCUGCUGAUCUCGCUAGUGGCAUCGCUCUUCAUGGGUUUCGGCGUCCUGUUCCUGCUGCUCUGGGUCGGGAUCUACGUCUGAACCCCCCGGGGGGCGUGGAUGGGGGAUUCGGGAAAGCUCUUUUUAUAUUUCUUUUGUAUUUCAAGAAGAAAACGCCUGUAGCAGGUGUGGUCUGCGACAGGCAGUGACCCACAGGUGAAUAAAGGUGGCUCUGUGACACACCUGA